ACAAACUCUUCGUUUUUGGAAUCAUUCUUCUCUCUCUCUCUCUCUCUCUCUCUCUCUCUCUCUCUCAGUUGUCUUUUCUUCGUUCUCUAUCCCAUAGCAGGCAGGGCUUAAGGCAUGGCGAUCCCAGCUGUGCUUGUUGUUGUUCCUCUGGGCAUAAUUCUCAUUCUCUCAGGCCUCAUUGUCAAUCUCAUUCAGGCAGUUCUCUACAUCCUUGUUCGUCCGAUAUCAAAAAAUAUGUAUAGAAGGACAAACAAAGUAGUUGCAGAAUUGCUGUGGUUAGAGCUUGUAUGGCUCUUUGAUUGGUGGGCUGGUUUCAAGGUUGAGUUAUAUACAGAUUCCGAAACCUUCCAAUUACUGGGUAAAGAACAUGCACUUCUCAUAUGCAAUCAUAGAAGCGACAUUGAUUGGCUUGUUGGAUGGGUCUUGGCUCAGCGUACCGGCUGCCUCGGUAGUACACUAGCCAUCAUGAAGAAAGAAGUAAAAUGUCUUCCUAUCAUAGGUUGGUCAAUGUGGUUUUCUGACUACGUUUUUCUGGAAAGAAGCUGGGCCAAGGAUAAAGGCACAUUGCAGUCAGGUUUUCAAAAACUGGAGGAUUUUUCCUUGCCUUUUUGGUUGGCUCUUUUUGUGGAGGGAACUCGCUACACAGAGGAAAAGUUACUAGCAGCUCAGAGGUAUGCUGCUUCAAGAGGAUUGCCUGUUCCUAGGAACGUUUUGAUUCCCCGAACUAAGGGUUUUGUUUCAGCUGUAACGCAUAUGCGCUCGUUUGUUCCAGCAAUUUAUGAUUGUACAGUGGCCGUUUCCAAAAACCAGCCUCGACCUACAAUGUUGGGAAUAUGUAGAAGACAAUCUUCUGUGAUGAAGGUGCAAAUCAGGAGACAUCCAAUGCAGGAGUUGCCAGAAACAGCUGAUGGCAUUGGACAAUGGUGUAAAGAUCAAUUUGUUACAAAGGAUGCUGUAUUGGAGAGAUACUUUUGUAUGGACUCUUUCAGUGACUUACCUCAGCACGACAUUGGUCGACCAAAAAAAUCUUUCUUUGUUGUCAUAUCUUGGAUAUGUGUCCUUGUAUAUGGUAUAACCAAACUCUUUCAAUGGUCUUCUCUCCUAUCCUCAUGGGAAGGCAUUGCAUUUUCAGCCAUAUUCUUGGUCCUCGUUACCAUUGUUAUGCAAAUUCUCAUCCAAUCCUCUGAGUCCGAGCAUUCUACCCCUGUCAAUACAGUGACACAAGACCCAAUGGAAGAGCGGCUUCUUCAGAAAUAAUUACUCAAUUAUCUGUAGCUAUUUCUUCUGUGAUCAGAAAACUCUUCUGAUAUCAUCCUUGGAAUUGGUCAAUCUACCUAUUCCCCUGUUAAAUAUGGUUUGAAAAAUGUAGUAUAUAUGCAUAGCUUACAUGUGAGUCUGUUGAGCCUACCAAUAGAGGUUAAAACUCUUUCACCUUGUAUGAUUAGCAUUACAGAACCUUGUUUUCAGUGCAUAAAAGCAGUGGUGAUUAGUUAAAAAUCUGGAAUGCAAUAUUUACAGCUGCUAUUUUCUGCCA